AUGAAUCUUUUGCAACGAGCUAGGGAUUGUGAGUUAGGAAAAGAUGUGAAAGCACUAAACCUACCAUCAACUGCUGAAAGUCAUGACGAUGAACCUAGUUGGGCUCCUUCAGGAAAUGUAAAUGUCCGUUUUACUGAUGUGGAAACGUUGAAAAAACAGCAAAACAAACAACUGCAUGAUGAACAAUCAGGAUUCGUUAACGUGCGCUUCCGUCAGCCAAAGGAAGAUGAGAUACUCUCAAAGCAGAAGACAGAAACUCCGAAAUUGAAUUUUCCUAAUGAGAAGCUUCCGCUCAAUCUUGAUGAUCAUGAUAAGAAAUAUGAAGAAGCCUUGAAGAAUACGAACGAGUAUAAGAAGAAGUUGGCCGAGUUGGAGAAUCAGAAAGUUCAAAAAGUGUCCUCUGAGUUCAUCAACAGUGGCUUAGAUUCAUUGGUAAAGGCUGGAACGCUCUCUGCUUCGACAUUUAACGCGGGUGGAAUUGCGUCAGGAAAGGUAGAGAAAGUGCCUAUGAAUGAAUUGGAAAAGGAAUUGGAUAUAGGUGAAAGUGUUGUUACAUCAAGUCCGUUAAUCCUUGUAACCAAGGGUAACAAGACAUCAAAUGAAGGUUGCGCUGGACGAUCGAAGAUCACAAUCACGAAGACGAUACGCUAUGAGAAGAUUCUAACUUUGCUAGGGGAAGAGCCGGAUAGUGAUGGAGUUAAAGAGAUACGAGAUUUGAUCAACGCCUGGCAGAGCAAUUUCCGUAAAAAGGUUGUGACAGCCAAGGACAAGGCGAAGAACAAAGAAAUUGAAACAGCUUUGGAAGAGCUCGUCAGCCAAUUCGAUGACAUCAACUUGAAAUUGAUAAAAGACCAAGCUAAUGCCACCUUUACUUCGGAAGAUUAUCCACAUGAUGAUGCCGAAAUAAUUGGAAAUAACUGUGAUGCUCUGCCAGAAUCCACUUCCAUAACGGAGGAGAAGCCAAUUGAAUUGGCUGAGUUGAAGGACGAAAAUGGAAAUGUUGUCAUUAUUGAUGAUGGAAUAGCCAAGAUUAAAAUUGGUAAUGAAGGCGAGAUAUCUGAAAAUUUGGAUGAAGCUAGCCGGACAGAAACGAAAGAGGAGCCUAUCGAAUGGCAUAACGAAGAGUAUCGUAAGGAGAUUGAAAACUUCCGAAAGACUCACCAUAUCAACUUCAAUAAUGCUACAUCCACUCGAAACGAUACUACAUGUGAUGCUUAUAUGAGAUGCCGAGCUCAGAUGCAUGUGGCUGUUGAUCAGUGCGCUUGGAACUUUGCAUCCUCCAAAGUCAUAACAUCGCUCGCUGAAAGUUCAGAAAGUUUAUUAUUCAAAAAUGAUGAAGUGUGUGACUCAUCACAUAUAACUCUAUAUGAAGAGCUAUAUGAGAUGGUUAUACAGCGUAACACGAAAUUACGUCAGUGUUUGGAUGAGCGAAAUGAGAAAGCUUUCUCUGAGUCCAUAUGUUUACCAUAUAACAAGGCUGAACAACAAGUCUAUGAUCAUGCCUUAUUAAGAGUAUUAGCGAACAAGUAUACAAAAGCUAUGGAUUGUUAUCAGGAUGCUAACAGUAUUCAAGAGAAAUGCUCCAAAUUGCGACAAUGUUGUCCAUAUUUUGAUAGCUGUCGUGAACAGAUGAUUGAUGUUAAUCUUGAGCAAGCUAUUAUCAGCAUGACUGCCAGGAUUAAUGAUGAAAAACAAAGUUGCAUUAAACUGAAAGCCAGAGAUUCUUUCAAAAAGGCAGUCAAAGGAAUUCUCGGAAGAACCGAUGAAGAAUCCUUACAACUUUUACGAUCUGGAAGAUAUGGGUUAGACAUCAAGAAAGGUGCUCAAUUGAUGAGACGGUUGAGAUAA